UUACCAUUUUUAAUUGCACUAGCUCUAAUUAAUUAAUUCUAUUAAUAGUUACAAAUUACUAGUAAACUAAUCUUUCUUCGAAUAUGCAAUAGUACAUUAAUUUGAGCAACAAGUGAACAAUAUAUUAUUCAAUUUGAAAAUACUUUGGCGCGUUUCAUUCAAGAUGCGCAACAUUUUCAUUCCAUCUUCUAGUGGCGGGAAAUUGGUGCGACCUUCAUGUUUACAGUAUUAAAUUAAAAAUAAAACAGAGAUGCAGGCGUUUUUGAAAUCCGGAAAAAUUGCCGGGAACGGAGAUAAAAAAGCUGGUACUUCAUCUGGAAAACCGCCGAAGACAAAACGGGCAGUCCCGUGGGUCGAGAAAUACCGACCCAAAACCGUCGACGAAGUCGUCGAGCAAAAUGAAGCGGUGUCAGUGCUGCAGCAGUGCAUAUCUGGUGCGAAUUUUCCCAAUUUACUAUUCUAUGGCCCUCCUGGAACUGGUAAGACCAGUACCAUUCUGGCAGCAGCUCGUCAGCUGUUUGGAGACAUAUACAGAGAUAGGAUCCUGGAAUUGAAUGCCUCCGAUGAGAGGGGCAUCCAGAUCAUCCGUGACAAGGUGAAAACUUUUGCACAGUUGACAGCGAGUGGCACAAGACCUGAUGGUAAACCUUGUCCUCCAUAUAAAAUUAUUAUACUUGAUGAGGCAGACUCCAUGACUCAUUCAGCUCAGGCUGCUCUUCGGCGUACAAUGGAGAAAGAGAGUAAAACCACCAGAUUCUGUUUGAUUUGCAACUACGUUUCGCGCAUAAUAGAUCCAUUAACAUCGAGAUGCACUAAAUUUCGUUUCAAACCGUUAAAAUUGGAGAGGAUCUCUGAACGGCUGGAGUUUAUUUGCAAAGAAGAGAAUGUCAAGUUUGAUGAAGAAAGUUUGAAAGCGCUAGUCGAUACGAGCGGGGGCGAUAUGAGAAGAGCUAUAACUUGUCUGCAAAGUUGCGCUAAGCUGAGAGGCUCAGAUGAUCUAAUUAAAAUCGAGGAUGUUUACGAAGUUACCGGAGUUGUCCCAAGUAAAUGGCUUGAUCAAUUCGUCGCUGUGUGCAAGAAGGGCGAUUACGAUGGACUUAGUAACUUCUUGAACACUAUGAUGUACGAGGCGUACUCGGGCCUACAGAUGUUGGAACAACUAAAUGAAAUUGUAGUGCAUUCAGACUUAUUUAACGAUAAACAAAAAGGCUUUAUCGGAGCUAAAUUAGGGCUCGUUGGCUACAGAUUACAAGACGGUGGUUCCGAGUAUCUCCAGUUGCUGGACAUUGGAUGCACUUUAAUGUCCGCAUUUAAAUUGAUUUAA